UCCAUGGGCGUCUGUUCAUGUUGAUCGUGACUUCGAUCAUCACCGUGGGGCACCGUAGCUGAUUGGCUUUAAAACAACGAGUUUGUUGUCAAAGCCAUCAUGUCCAGUACUGCCUUGGAAUCGUCCCUGACUACUCGGAAAGACUACAAACCAGUUUCAGAAACAUGGUGACCAAGAAUUUCGGCAUGAAUACCUUCGUCCGAUCUUCUCGUGGGCUGAGGACACUGCCUACAGCGAUGCAGGCACAAGCCGUUGAGGCAGUCCGACAGCAAGCUAAAGAUCGGAUUAGCCAAAUAGAUACAGAGCGUCCUGUUUCACCAUUCUUGAUUGACACCUUUGCCCGCCGGCACGAUUAUCUUCGAAUAUCGUUGACCGAGAGAUGUAAUCUGAGAUGUUUCUACUGCAUGCCGAGCGAGGGCGUCGAAUUGUCUCCGAAUGAGAACAUCCUGACGGAUGAGGAAGUCAUUCGACUAGCUACAUUGUUCGUCAGAAACGGCGUGACAAAAAUACGUCUGACUGGGGGCGAGCCCACUGUUCGGAAGAAUAUCGUUGACAUCGUAGGUCGAUUGAAUGAGCUACGGCAACUCGGUCUACGAUCCAUUGGCAUGACCACGAACGGCAUAGCUCUCCGUCGUCGACUUCCUUCAUUGGUAGCGAAUGGAUUGACUCAUCUAAACAUCAGCAUUGAUACCCUUGAUCCAUUCAAAUUCGAGAUAAUGACCCGCAGACCAGGUCAUGAGGCCGUUCUGCGCUCAAUUGAGAUGGCAUUAUCAAUACCGGAGUUGCACUCGUUGAAACUGAAUAUCGUUGUCGUCAAGGGUCUGAACGAUACUGAGGUUCUUGAUUUCAUUGAUAUGACUAGAGACAAAAGGCUUUCAGUGCGCUUCAUCGAGUUUAUGCCAUUUACAGGUAACAAAUGGGACAAAGCGAAAAUGGUACCGUCGUCGGAGUUGCUCUCACGGAUAGCAUCUCGACAUCCUAAGGUCACUAGGGCUUCGGAUGCACUCAAUGAUACAGCCCGAAACUACUUCAUCCCGGGCUACAAUGGGAGUUUCGGAUUCAUCAGCAGCAUGUCCGAUCAUUUUUGUGGCUCAUGCAAUCGACUGCGAUUGACUGCAGAUGGACAAAUCAAGGUCUGCCUUUUUGAUGCGAAAGAGAUAUCUCUUCGGGAUCAGAUGAGGCAAGGUGCAAGCGACGAGGAGCUUUUACAGACUGUUGGAUAUGCUGUACGGGGAAAGAAUGAGAAGCAUGCUGGGAUGGAAGAUAUCGACGUAGUGACAAAUCGCCCCAUGAUAUUGAUUGGCGGUUGAGUCUCUUUGUGCUUCGAUGAAGUCACUCAACAAGAAGAAACGUUCAUCCCUAUCAUAUCUGAAUUCUCGCCCACAUCAGCCGCAUCGGAACACUACGACGGGACCACGUCCUUUUUCAACAUGUUCUACAGCUAGAUCAGACGCCACUCGUGACCGUCUUACACAUAUUGACGACACAGGCCGGCCAGCAAUGGUGAAUGUUUCGACAAAGGAAGUUACCAAGCGCACUGCGACAGCUUUGGGAAGGAUUUACAUACCAAAGAGCGCGUACGACCUUGUCACCUCCGCAGAGGCACUGCCCGAUACCUCGGACACGAACGUCACCAAGACUGCCACGCAAAAGGCGGUAGACAAAGCUCGGUCGAAGGGGAAUGUGCUCACUGUAGCACAAUUGGCGGCAAUCAUGGGUUGUAAACGGACAUCCGAUCUCAUUCCUCUCUGUCAUCCCCUGCCACUAUCGCAUAUCUCCGUCAGUCUCUCAUUAGACGGUCCUCGGUCCGUAGAGCGAUCGCGUGGCCUGGAAGAGUUCACGACGUCCGGACCUGACGUUAGGCACGCCUCCGAACUGAAUGACCGGCCUCCAUUCAGUAUCGUGUGUCAAGCAACAGUCUCAUGCGAGGGAAAGACAGGCGUUGAAAUGGAAGCUUUGACGGCUGUUUCCGUCGGUCUCUUGACCGUGUGGGAUAUGCUUAAGGCUAUAGCUGGGCGAGAGAUGGUAAUAGGAGAUAUUGUCGUACAACGGAAGGAGGGAGGAAAGAGCGAGGACUUCGUUCGUAACUGAUUAUGAAGAUUAUUGUACAUCGAAGUGUGUACUAAGCUCAUUGUUACAAAUCUUGGUACGCUUCUGAGACUAGCGUGAUGCUACUAUCAACAGAAUCAUGCUAAGAUAAGUAUUAAUGUCCAAUAGGUUAGGAUGUGUUUUAAAUAGAAAAGUCGAUUAGUGAG